AUGGCCUUAAAAACUAUCAACCCCAAAGAUGCAUCCUCCCUGGAUAAAGACCUCAUGGAUGCUGGAGGCUUCUCUAUUGAUCAGUUGAUGGAAUUGGCUGGUCUUUCCGUCUCACAAGCUGUAUACCGGGUCCAUCCGCCCAAAGAAGGACGCAAUAUUUUGGUGGCCUGUGGCCCAGGAAAUAAUGGAGGGGACGGUCUAGUUGCCGCACGCCAUCUAGCACAUUAUGGGUAUAAACCUACCGUCUACUACCCGAAGCAAGGUAAAAAUGAACUGUAUGAGCGCUUGAAAACCCAGCUGAAAAACCUAUCUGUGCCGUUUACAUCCGACUUCGCGGAAUCCCUUAAAUCCUCUGAUUUGGUCGUGGAUGCCAUCUUUGGGUUUUCAUUCAGCGGGCCACUCAGAGACCCAUUUCCAGAAAUAAUCUCCCAGCUAGAGGAGACAAAGGUUCCAGUUCUUAGCGUUGAUGCGCCUAGUUCAUGGGACAUUGAGUCUGGGCCGCCCAAGGAUGGGCCCGGUUCGAAAUUUAUGCCAGAUAUACUUAUCAGUCUGACAGCCGCUAAGCCGUGCGUGAAGUGGUUCAAGGGAAGACAUUUCCUAGGCGGGAGGUUCUUGACGCCUGGUAUUGCGGGUAAAUAUGGGUUGGAUUUGCCUGAGUAUCCCGGGGUUGACCAGAUAGCGGAAGUUGAUGUUAACUGGCCUGAAAAGUUGUGA